UUCUUAAACAUCACCAGCUCUCGAAGUUCUCAGGUUAGGAACUUCUGAGUUCAUUGUUUCUUCCCUUUUUCUCCGUUUCCCACCUCUACUCAUUUCCUUACUCCUUCCUUUGAUUCCAUUUCAGCUUCAUAUAUCCCUGGUUUGGUUUCGAAUUUCUUUGGUGGGUUUCCUCCAUUUGGGUGUUACUCCGAACAUAGAAAAGCUAGAGCUAAUUGUUAAGAACCGAAAGUUUCAAAAUCUUUGGGGAAGGUUUUAGGAAAUUAGGAUCCUUUCUGACUUCUUUUAUACCUCUGUUCUUGUUGAAUUCUGGAAAUUGUAGCUUCUUGAUCGGAAACCAUUUUUCUUUGUGGUAAGGCUUCUGAGAGAAGCUAUAUUUGUGCAAAAGAAGAAAGACCGUCUUUUCAGAAAUGGAGAACGUUUAUGGGCUCGGUGAGGUAGAUGAGCAGAUGGAUUUGCCUCCUGGGUUCCGAUUCCACCCAACUGAUGAAGAGCUUAUAAGUCACUAUUUGUGCAAAAAGGUUGUUGACAGCAACUUCAGUGCUAGAGCAAUUGGAGAUGUGGAUUUGAACAAGUGUGAGCCUUGGGAAUUGCCAAGAAAAGCGAAAAUGGGAGAGAAGGAAUGGUACUUCUUCUGUGUUAGGGACAGAAAAUACCCAACUGGUUUGAGGACAAACAGGGCUACUGAAGCUGGUUACUGGAAAGCUACUGGUAAAGACAAGGAGAUCUUCAGAGAGAAAAUACUGGUUGGAAUGAAGAAGACUCUGGUGUUCUAUAAAGGAAGAGCUCCAAAAGGAGAAAAGAGCAACUGGGUUAUGCACGAGUAUAGAUUGGAGGGGAAAUACUCUAUCAUCAAUCUCCCCAAAACAGCCAGGAACGAGUGGGUGAUUUGCAGGAUAUUUCAAAAGAGUUCAGGUGGGAAGAAACCACUUGUUCCAGGGAUGAUGAGAGUGAGUUCCUUUGGAGAUGAAUUUGCUCGGUCUCUUUUACCUCCAUUAAUGGAUUCUCCUACCUAUAGCAACAAGAUCAAAACCGAUACAGCUGAGCCAUCUCACGUGACCUGCUUCUCUAAUCAAAUGGAGGACCAUAAAAACCAGGAAAAGGCGGCUGAUCAUUACUUCGAUGAUCCUCUUUUUGCUUCUUCUGCAAACCCAUCUGACAUGUCCCCUGCUUCAUUGCUUAUGUCAAAAUUCUCUCUUCCCAACACAUUUUACGCCUCGCAAGUUGGCUCAAGCAUGGGCAAUUUGCAGUACCAAGGCUCCUUUUCGAUGCAAGAUCAGGCUAUCUUGAGGGCUUUGAUUGGGAACCAUGGAACGAGCAUGAAACAGAGUAGCAAAGCAGAAAGGGAGAUGAUUAGUAUCUCACAAGAAACAGGGCUGACCACUGAUAUGAAUACUGAAAUCUCUUCAGUUGUCUCCAAUCAUGAAAUGGGCAGGAUUUCUUUUGAAGAUCAAGAAGACCCAUCAACUUCAGGUGGCCCAGUAGACCUUGAUUGUCUUUGGGAUUAUUGAAAUAGGAAAAGAAUAAGAAGAAUAAUAGAUAGAAGCAGCAAGAGGAAGAAUUCCAGUCACUAUUAUUUGUCUUGUCUAGAAUUGAUAUUGAUAUUAUGUGUAUAGUUUUCUGAAUCUAAAUUACAUGUAUAAAACUUAAGGUUAUGGCCAUGUAUUAUAUGAAAUCAAACAAAAUUUUCUUUUUUUUU